GCUAGUUGGGCGUGACAAAACUCUGGGAUUGGUCACGCCCAUUAUUUUAAAGCCAUGUGCAUUGCUUGAAGCCGGCCGAGGCUGAUUGGGUCUGCGUAGCUGUGCCUUGCAGUAGGUGAAGGAUUGUCCAUCUCUGCAAAAUACUGAAGAGUGCGUCCAAGUUCCUCCCAAGAUAAAAGAUGGUGAGCAAUACUACGAUGAAGUAUGCGAGUCUGAUCGUACUGGUCAUUCAAAAUACGGCCCUCGUUUUAACCCUCCGAUACUCACGCAGAGGCAGUGAGGGGGUUCCCCUGUACACAGUGUCUACGGCAGUCGUUAUGACAGAGCUCACAAAGUUCAUUAUCUCAAUAUGUGGACUGUUGUACAAAAGUAACAGCCUCAAUAAAACGCUUAACAUGCUCUACGACGGGAUUUUUGAGAAUCUAAGUGAUACACUCAAGUUAUCGGUUCCCGCCGUUCUCUACACAAUCCAAAACAACCUCUUGUACGUUGCUCUGAGCAACCUGGAUGCUGCUACUUUUCAGGUGACGUACCAGCUGAAGAUCCUCACCACUGCCCUCUUCUCGGUCCUCCUACUCAACAGGAAGCUCAACAGCCUCAAGUGGGCCUCACUUGUCAUUCUUAUGUUUGCAGUAGCCCUGGUGCAGUGGCCGAGUGGUGAUAGUGCUAGAGAUGAAGACCCUGGUGAGCAGUCAUCAUCGCCUGUCAUCGGAGUGGGGGCCAUCCUCCUGGCCUGUGUCUCCAGUGGGUUCUCUGGGGUCUAUAUUGAGAAGAUACUCAAACAGUCCCAGACCUCCAUGUGGAUCAGGAACAUUCAACUCUCUUUGAUGAGCCUGUUUAUUGGCCUGUUUGGAGUCUUCCUCAGCGACUGGAGUGCAGUGUCAGAGAGAGGAUUCUUCUAUGGCUACUCUAGUGUCGUGGUCACUGUGGUUAUUCUACAGGCUGUGGGGGGUCUGAUAGUGGCCGCAGUAAUGAAAUAUGCCGACAACAUCCUCAAAGGAUUUGCCACCUCCCUCUCCAUCGUCCUCUCCUCUUUUGUCUCUUACUUCUUUCUCUCUGACUUUCAUCCCACUUGGUUCUUUGUGAUGGGGGCCACCUUUGUAUUGCUGGCAACAUUCUUGUAUGGUAAGCCUCAGCCUCGAACUGACACCUCGCCAAUGGCUGAUCAAACUGGACAUGUUGUCAAAACAAAUGUUGUUAAAAUUUCUUAGCUUUACAGACAGACAAUAGCUAUAUUAUUUAUUUCUAUUCCUAAUUUUUAAGGAGAAUUCACCCCUUCCCAUGCAUCAUGUGUAGGCAUUAUUCAUUGUA